AUGAAAGAUCUUCCCUCGGUGUUCCUGUGUGCUCAUCCCCACCUGGCUGUGUUAGUGGACCGCUUCACUGCGUCGACUGCAGUCUGUCUUCUGGAGGGCCGGGAUGAGUUUUUGUCACAUCUGCACAUGUUAGAAGCCCAGUGGUUGGAUUUGCAGGACUAUAUCUCCAUCGAGACAUCCAUGGGGAGCUCAAUGCCCUCUCUGCUCAGUUGGUCGACACUCCGGCAACCCCUCGCCCGCUUUAGUGUGUGGAGAGUCUGUGGUGAAGAGUACAGCUGUCCGCACGCUGAUUCUCAGUUUGAGAGCCACUUCCUCAGUCCUGGGCCCACCCCGGUGAGGAUUACGCUCCCCGAUGCCAAUCCUUCCCUGGCACCGUUGGCCGGCGAGACCGCUUCUGCUCCAUCCAUCUCAUCCCCGUUCCUGGUUGCCCUUGCUGCAUCCAAUACCCCUGUCCACACUGUUCCAGAGCUCAUCCACCAGAUAUCCACCAUGGAGGAUGUCUUGGUGGCUACAUUCAACGGCUUUGCAGUGGAGGAGGAGGCCAUUGACUUGAAGGCUGAACUCCGUAGCUCCAUUCAUCAUGACCGUGUCACCCUUCUCACCCUUAUUCACGAUCUCCAGAUGGUGUCCCUUCCGAACACCAAGUUUGGCUUUGCCCUUGCCCGCCUUUCCCGUGCAUUCACCGAAUCCCUCGAACAGCAUGAGAACCUCCAAGACGAGCUCUCUAUUCUCAUGAGCAGCCCCCAAUUCCUGCUCCUCAUUGCAUCUGCGUUGGACAUGGCCCAAAACUUCGACUACAGCUCCCUUGCGCAGACCCUCCAGGAGGCCACCUAA